AUGGAUUUCAUCAAGACCAGUUCCCUGCGUGCUCUGAUUGAGUUAACUUUCCAACGCAACUGGAACGGCCUAAUUUGGAUGAGUAGAAAAGGAGUUAUAACCAAAAGAGUGAAGACUGUCCAGACGGCUCUAUCGAGAAUCAGCGCCCAACCGCGCAGUCCGGCUGGCCGAGAAACGAUGUUCGCGCUCGGCCAAAGUCAUAUCCGUCCGUCUGAAGUCUCGGCCAAAGUUCCAAACCGACCGGCCGAUCACGCAACACGACCCGGGAAACAUUGUCCCGCGGUCGGCCAAGCCAACGCUCACGCCACGCGCACGACCAUGCGCGCGAGCCGGGAACAAGCCUCGCGGCCGCGCAACCCGUUCCGCGUACCACGGCCGAUGCAUCCGUCCGAGCCGGGAAGAACGUCCCACGUCCGGCCGAGAAUCGGCCAAAUCUCAUCCGCCGACCACGCCGGCCGACCGUGA